AUGGCCUUUACCAAGACACCUCGCAAAAUCCAAGAUCAUUUCUAUCUGGGUGUUGACCGUGUCAGCGAGUCUGUCAUGGAGAUCUUUGGAACUCUUGCGAAGCACGACGAAAGGGCCACCCUGGAAGCUGUUGCCGAGUUUUUGUGUGCUAACACUGCGCAUCCUUUACCAGACGUACACACCAGUGCCACUGAUCAUAUAGAGCAGUUCACGGGUCAGAAUUUGAGAUGGGAAUCGCUUGGACUGCUGUGGGCUCAUCUCGAGCGUGUUGGGGACCUCAUCAACGCCAUGCGUACACGCCGUGUUGUGUGGCUUGAUGAUCGACCUGACCAUGAGGCAUCCCAGACUUGUUUAACUUACUGUGUUGAGCUAUCCAAGUAUUUCUCUGCUGGGAAUGACCUUUUACUGGAUAUAAGUCGUCGACAGGGAACACUUCUUUCGAUUUUCGACGGCGACGCAAAUCUAUCCUGCGCGUACGUGACCGGCGCGACGGCAUCAAUGCUGAGUUACCUAGGUCUCCACGUCUUAAAGAACCCAGAUGGGUACCGGCCAUCCUCCUGCUCAGAAAACAAACGACGGCUUUUCGCCCAGGUGUUCUCAGGGGACAAACUCUCCGUCGCAUUCACUGGCCGCCCGCCCCUGAUCAGCCGCCGGUAUUGCUCGACGUCCCUCCUGCUCGAUUUGCCGGAUGAGGUCCUAUCAAUGGAUCAAGAAACAAUCAGCCGUGCGGCAGAGUCGUUGGAUAGCAAAGGCUGGAACACAGACGGCGCGGUGUACUCGGCCACUGUGAUCCGAGCUCGUUAUAUUUGUGCCGUGGUUCGGGAUGAGCUUCUCGAGAUGGCACUCGUCCCUGAUCAAGACAUCCCAAGAGAGCAAAUACUCGCCGUACGAGAAAAACAGAUCGCGGUCUUCGCCGACUUCCCGCCCGCCCUCCAUUUCUACCCGAGCAAUGUUGCCGAUCCAUCGGUCGCUACUUCGAUUCUGCAUUCGCAACUUAUGAUCAAGCUCGAGCAUCUUCAGAAUUUGUUCUUCGCAGAUCGUCUUCUCCGCUUGUCACCCAGUAGUCAUGACAUGGGAGAUAUCGUACUUACAAGCUUUGAUCUCCUCUCUGUCGCGCUCCUAUUCUGGACGCACAAGGAUCGCUUCGCCGCGACCAGUCAACACUUUGAGUGGCUCGUUAUUGCGUACGCCGUACCUGCCGGAGGGAUUCUCUGCCAGGAGCUCCUUCAGCCAUCCUUCAACGGCCCCCAUUCCAAUGACCCGCGUGUCUCCCGCUCCAGCAUUGUGCAAAAGCUCAGCCUUCUGGUUGGGUUCCUCGACUGGGUCCAUCCAUCAGCAGCUAACGGCGACAUGUGUGUGGAUUGCAAGGUCAUCAUCGAGCGUGUCUUGAAUGAGCACCUCAAUGCUGCUGAGAGGGUCGAAUCCGAGGGGCCUGGUUGGCUGGCGAAGGAGAUGGAAUGGGAGGGGUUCCAUACCCAGCUAGACUUCAAUCUCGAGCUUUUGGAUACGUUCGAUUGGCUUCGCGCGGAUGGCAGUUGA